AAUUGGAGCCAGACCCUCCGCCGCCGCCGCCGGAGGAAGAGGAGAAGGAGAGCCCCUGCCUUCUGCCUGCUGCCUUGCUGCCGGUCUCUCCUCGGGGCCCCGGCGCAGCCAGAGCCGCGCAGCCCGAGGAGCCCGGAGGAGCCCGGAGCAGGAGCGGCGGCGGCGGCCAGCGGCAGAGGCAGCAGGGCAGCCCCGCUCCGGAGGAGCAGCAGCAGAGCAGAGCAGCAUCAGCGGAGGCUCGGGAGGCGGCAUGGCUCCCUGGGCGGCCCUCCUGCGCCUGCUGGCCCUGGCCCUCCUGGCCCUCCUGGCCGCCCUGCUGCCCCCCGCCUUCUCCGCCUCCAGCUUCAGCCCCGAGGCCUGGCUACAGCAAUAUGGCUACCUGCCCCCCGGAGACCUUCGCACGCACACCCAGCGCUCCCCUCAAUCACUUUCAGCUGCCAUCGCUGCCAUGCAGCGGUUCUAUGGGCUCCAGGUGACAGGCAAGGCCGACUCAGAGACCCUGAAGGCUAUGAAGAAACCUCGUUGUGGUGUUCCAGAUAAGUUUGGCGCAGAGAUCAAGGCCAAUGUACGACGCAGGCGCUACGCCAUCCAGGGGCUGAAGUGGUCACACUAUGAUCUGAGCUUUUGCAUCCAGAAUUAUACACCCAAAGUGGGUGAGCAUGCCACCUUCAGUGCCAUCCGACGUGCCUUCAACGUAUGGCAGUCAGUCACGCCUCUGCGUUUCCGCGAGGUUCCCUACUCGUCUGUGCGCGAAGGCCACGAACCCCAGGCCGACAUCAUGAUCUUCUUUGCGGAAGGUUUCCAUGGUGACAGCACCCCCUUUGAUGGCGAAGGGGGCUUCCUGGCCCACGCCUAUUUCCCCGGACCCCACAUUGGUGGCGACACUCACUUUGAUGCGGCUGAGCCCUGGACGUCUCGCAACGAUGAUCUGAGUGGAAAUGACAUUUUCCUGGUUGCUGUGCAUGAGCUGGGCCAUGCGCUGGGCUUGGAGCACUCGAAUGACCCAUCUGCCAUCAUGGCACCUUUCUACCAAUGGAUGGACACAGAGAACUUUGAGUUGCCUGAAGAUGACCGGCGUGGCAUACAGCAGCUGUAUGGUUCUGAAAUGGGACACCCUAGUAAACCUCCGCCAGUCCCUCGAACGACCGUGAAGCCCCGUGUCCCUGACCGGCCACCCAAAAACCCCUCGUAUGGUCCAAACAUCUGUGAUGGAAGAUUUGACACUAUUGCUAUGCUAAGGGGAGAGAUGUUUGUCUUCAAGGACAAAUGGUUUUGGCGGGUCCGGAACAACCGUGUGAUGGACGGGUACCCUCUCCCCAUUGGUCAGUUCUGGGUUGGUCUUCCUUCCACAAUCAACACAGCCUAUGAGAGGAAGGAUGGCAAAUUUGUUUUCUUUAAAGGUGACAAGCAUUGGGUCUUCAAUGAAGCCACAUUGGAUCCAGGUUACCCCAAACACAUUAAGGAACUGGGCAGAGGGCUUCCUACAGACCGGAUUGAUGCUGCACUCUUCUGGAUGCCAAGUGGAAAGACCUACUUCUUCCGAGGAAAUAAAUAUUACCGCUUUAAUGAAGAGAGCCGAACUGUUGAGGCCGACUACCCCAAAAACAUUGAUGUCUGGGGAGGGAUCCCUGACUCACCCCGGGGGGCCUUUAUGGCCAGCGACGAAGUUUUCACCUACUUUUACAAGGGCGACCGUUAUUGGAAAUUCAAUAAUGAGAAGCUGAAGGUGGAGCCAGGAUACCCCAAGUCAGUGCUCCGGGACUGGAUGGGAUGUAGUUCAGAUGACCGACGCGAGGGAGAAGAAGUGAUCAUUAUUGAGGUGGACAAUGGCAGUGAAGGGGCGGUGAAUGCGGCCGCUGUGGUUUUACCUAUCCUGCUUCUCCUCACCAUCUGUGCACUGGGUAUCGCCAUUCUUAUCUUCAAGCGCUACGGGACACCCAAACGGUUGCUGUAUUGCCAGCGUUCUCUGCUGGACAAGGUGUGACAGGGUGAGGAGCGUCCCACCUUGGCUGGGAGGGCAGGCCACUCCUCUCUACUCUUGUCUCCUGCCAUUUGUCACCAUCUCACCUCCUACUCUACUUUCUUGAACCCCCUUCCCUUUAGUUGGCUCAUCUGUGUUUCUUCAUUUCUUCUUGCCACCAUCUGCUCCCUCCUUUCCUGACACAUUCCCAUCUUCUUUUCUCAUCCACCUUCUGGUCCCUUCUGCCCUCCUCCUGUGCAGCUUACUUAAACAUGACUUCUCCUCCCCGUUCCCCCAUUCCUUCAUUUCCAAAAUCUCAUCCUUUGCCUUUUCCUUCAGCAUCAGUAUAUGUAGCUCUAUGUCCACUUUCCAUCUCCUCUACCCCUGUUUUCCUCCUCCUGCCAUUGCUUAGCGUUCCCUCUCUUCCUCCUCCUAAUAUCCCACACGGUGGGUGUGCUGAGCAUGCUCAUUUAUGUAACAUUUGAGGAGGCGAAAGAGGACCUCUCUCCAUGCUGGUUUUGGUUCCACCAACCCCACUGUGGCCACGAUGGGACAUCCAUUGGCCUCCUUAGGAAAAAAAAGACUUGCAAAAUCCAACAUCAACCUAACUUCAAACAUCCACUAAGGUUCCCCUUCUAGAACCUGGUGAGACAAAGGUUAAAUUAUCACCCCACGGUCCGAAAUAUGGGUCCUAAGAUCUCUUUCUUCCUAUCCCAGCUCUGGUCCUCCAUAGAUAAUCUCUUUUGUCCUCCCCUCCCUUCUUGCCUUUCUUUCCAAGGUUGGGUUGAUGGUGAAACCAUCCAAGGUUGAUGGUUGAUGGUGGAACCAAGGGUGAUGUCCAUUGUUGGGUUACUGAAGAAUGAGGGAAGAGGGUCUUUAAACUAAAUGGGCAUGGCUUCAAAUAUUUGGGGAAUUUUGGAUUUGGCUAAAUAGUGGGAGGAGCUAUGCAAAUGUGGGUGGGGAAGGGAAGCUGUAACAUUCCAAGGGGAGGGGUUAAAAGUUGGUGGAAUGGAAUUAAGCAUUCCAAAGGGAACAAUAUCAUUCCAUUGGGCGAGGACCAAUAGAUGAAGCGGUCCAUAUAGAAAAUAGCAGGGAGGGCGCAUGUUGGUACAUAAGAGGGCGGAGUCAAAAUAUGGGGGCGUGGCACAUCUGCCCAUCCCUCUCAGGGUUGGGGAGGCAUCUUAAUGGGCCACAUCUGGAAAGGGAAUGGGCCAUUGGUACAUGAACACAACAGCAAAUGAAGCAAGUUUGAGAGUAUGGGAGAUGGGAGAAUGGUUGCGGUGGUCUGGAGGAGGAGGAGGAAAGUAGUCAUGGGAGGUGGGAUGGAGAUGGAGAUGGCGAGCCAGGUUUGCUAAAAUGUUUACUCUCCGACACCUGACUAUACUUGCACAAAGUUUACAAUUGUCACUUCUUAUCAAUUCUGGAUCCAACAAACAAACACCAAAGUGGAAGUUUGCAAAAGAAAGAAACAACAACAAAAAAAGGAGAUCCAAAGAGGAAGAAAAAUUGGUAUUGCACCAGAGAACUCUGCCUUAACCUCCUGUCUUAGGGGAAAAAUGUUAAUUUUCUUUUUGAAAAAAAUGUUGAAUAUGUAAUUUUAAUUAUUCUAUAGAAAUGCCUUUUUUAAAAAACAAAAGUUAAAAAAUAGUGCAUUAACAGGGUGGGUGAAAAUAGAAUAGGGGUGGGAGGAGAACCCCCAAAUUCCUGCAGGCCGGGAUUGAGGAUGUCUUAACUCUCUCCUGUUCAGACCAUUUUUAACGGGGGCUUGGGGUUGUGUGUUUUUCAAAUGGUCUCCAAACGGAAUUAAACUGUGUUUAACGAUACAUUUUGUGUUUUGGGGUGGGCUUUUUAAUAAUAUUUUUAUGGUUCCACUUUAUUAUUGUUAUUAUUGUUAUUAUUUUGCUAUUAAUAAUAAACACCCAUUCAUUGGGAGGGAAAUAUACAUAUAUUGCUGGGAGCCUGUAGGCUGUUCAAUUCUGUUACUCCUUUCAACAUUUAGCAAUAAAGGUCCCAUUUCUGGGUAGAAAUGGAUUUAAAAUGCUGGAAGCUUUAGAAGAAUUAUUAUUAUUUUUGUCCCCUCACAAGUUGUUCACAACUAUUUUGUUAUUGAAAAAAGAAUCACCAAAUAUUUUUUUUUUAAAAAAAAAACCAAUAAAUGCUGGAAUUUCCCCCCCUUUUAGUAGUAUUUUGUAUGAAAGUGU